AUGUCAGUUGCGAUCACAAGACCUUACGAAGAAAGAAUUGAACUGUGGAAUUUGGAAAAUAAACAAUUUGAAGAGUUAGUGAUUCAACCAGCGUUGAAUUAUUAUGACCGAUAUUUUCAAAGAGCACCAGUCCAAAUUGAUAGAGGUUUGGGAUGGAGAAAUAUAUGGCGUCGACUACAGCAAGAUGCUGCUGCUUGUCUUCAGUUAUUACGGAUGUCACUUCCAUGUUUCACAACAUUGUGUAAUAUGUUGCAAACAAAUUAUGAUCUUCAGCCUACAUUGAAUAUAAGUAUUGAAGAAAGUGUUGCGAUGUUUCUACGGAUAUGUGGGCACAAUGAAGUUUAUAGAGAUGUUGGUUUAAGAUUUGGACGAAAUCAAGAAACUGUGCAAAGAAAAUUUAGAGAAGUUCUUACGGCAACUGAAUUAUUAGCAUGUGAUUAUAUUAGAACUCCGACAAGACAAGAACUUUAUCGAAUUCCUGAAAGACUUCAGGUAGACCAAAGAUAUUGGCCAUAUUUUAGUGGAUUCGUUGGAGCUAUGGAUGGUACUCAUGUAUGCGUAAAAGUAAAGCCUGACUUACAGGGAAUGUAUUGGAAUCGACACGAUAAUGCAUCAUUGAACAUCAUGGCAAUAUGUGAUUUGAAGAUGUUAUUCACAUAUAUUUGGAAUGGAGCACCAGGUUCAUGCUACGAUACAGCUGUUCUGCAAAUAGCACAACAAAGUGAUUCCGAGUUUCCUUUGCCUCCGUCAGAGAAGUAUUAUCUGGUUGAUUCUGGCUACCCAAACAAACAAGGACUUCUAGCUCCUUAUAGAUCGUCACGAAAUCGAGUUGUGAGAUAUCAUAUGUCUCAAUUCUAUUAUGGUCCUCGUCCUCGAAACAAACAUGAAUUGUUCAACCAAUGUCACACAUCUUUACGUUCUGUUAUCGAGAGAACUUUUAGAAUUUGGAAAAACAAAAUGGAGGAUUCUUUCUGA